CUCACUUUUCACAUUUUUUGUGAAAAUUUCUUUGAAAAAUCGCUAAAAUGGACCCAAUUUGCAGUUUAAAAAGGAAGAAAAUCAAAGAUUUGCAUCUCGGCGACUCAAAUUUCCUAUUAACUUGUUUGGUAAUUUCAAAAAGUGACCCGAAAAUCUUCACUUUCAAGGACGAGCAACGCGGAGUCUUCAAUUUGACGCUUCGUGACUCAGCAAAGGACUUCCUGAACUGCGUUAUUUGGGGAACAGAUGACAAAAUUCAUGAAUUGAACUCGGAAAUCGCAAUUGGAGACGUUGUAAAUGUCGAAAAUCCUAAAAUCGGUAAAGAAAAUGAUGGCAAAGGGAAGGAAUACAAACCAAAAUGCUCGAGCGAUUUCAUUUUGACGAUAGAUUCGAACCGUGGAAGAGUCGUAAUUGAUCCAGGAGCUAACGAAACACUCAAAGCUUUGUUGAAAUAUCCUCUGAAACAUCCGAACGAAGUACUGAAGCUGUCAGAUAUUAGUUUAUAUGAAAAGGAAUCUGUUGGAGAGUCCGUGGAUUUAUUGGUAGCUGUUCGAUACAAUCGCCCGCCACGCGAAUUGCUGAUUGCCAAGACGGGCAUGAAGAAAAAAUGCAAAUCCGUGAUAGUGAUGGAUAAAACUUUUCAAGGGAUGUCGCUGAAUUUGUGGUCGGAGCAGGCAAUUGAUCGAUCGGAGGCGUGGAAAGAGUUGGAAACGAUUUUGUUCAUCACAGAUGUGAGAAUUAAUUAUUCCGAGUAUUAUCAAGCGAUAACGUUGGUUGAAACGGCGAGAACUUUGUUCAUUGAGAAUCCGAUCGGAAAGGAAGCUGAGGAAUUGAGACUUUAUGUGGAACGAACGCCAUUGAAGGAGAUGGAAGGGUUUUUGAAUGAUGAUAUGAUCGAUGCACUUCGCAUCAACGACAUAAUGACAGUGCAACAAAUCAACGACAAAGCUGACGGCAUUUUACGCACCGAAGGCGAUCAUUUCACGGCUCUCUGUUAUGCUACAGUCACCAAAUUCGACAUUGACGGUCCUUACGAAUGCGUUCGACGUCGCUGCGAGCUAUGCAAACACUACAUUUCGCUUGAAGCGGAAACUUGUUCCAACGAGGAUUGCUACAAUUUGCAAUAUAUGAACGGAACAGCGCAACAAAAUUGCAUCAAAACCUUUUUUAAUGUCACCAUGAACUUCUCGGAUCACACAGGAACUCUCGCAAAUUGUAAAUUAUACAAUAAAUUCGCCGAAGCUGUGAUGGGAGUCGACGUCAAUGAGUUCCUUGCAUUGUCAGAUACCCAAAUAGGAGCUAUUAAAUGGUCCGUUUUACUUGAAAGAUGCGCCGUGAAGUUAGUUAUUCGCAAGAAAUCCGUUUGUCGUGCCCGAACUUUGAUCUCUGUGGUAGAAGUUGUUCCUGUGAAUCCAAGCGAAGUCUCAAAAGAAUUGAAAAUUUAUUGAAUUUUUCGUGUUAAAUUGUAAUUUGUACUGAAAAAUGUUACAAAACUCAAAUAAAUGACUCA